AUGGCGUCCGGAGUACCUACCCUAGCCUCAGAAGAGGCCCUGGAUCGCGAUCUAGCUGUCCGUGAUCUUCAAGAUAACGAAACCACUGCUCAAGAAGAGAAACAUGCUCCCAUUGAAACGCCCCAACAUGUCACUUCAAGCACGCAAACACCGGCAUCGAUGGAAAACAGGCUUCGUCCAGCAACGGACAUCAUUAAUCGCAUCAUCUGGGAUUCCAAUUAUGACAGUGCAAACUACAUCAUUGGAUAUGAGGACCGGUUCGAGGGGCGCUUAGAAGUUGGCAUUGGCUCGUGGAAGAGGGAAUCAACGGACGAAGAGUUCAUCCCGCAGCAUCGAGUGCUUUACAUCAAGCGCAAAUCCGACGGAGAGAUUAUGUGGGAUCGAAGGCGGCGGAUUGACAAAGUGUUCCUCAGUGGAAAUUCGGCUUUUGACUUUUUGGCCUUUCUGAGCUGA